AUGUCCCAGACCCGAUCUAAGAAGGAUGUGCAGGACCUCGCCGCCACCCUGGGGAAGGUUAGCUUCGCGGCUGGCAGUAGCUCUGGGACUGGCAUUCGUGGCAAGCGGCAGUUGGGUCGUGGGCGCUCCGAUCCUGAAGCCCCUCACCGCAAGAUCCAAGCACUUGAAGACCCUGAGCCCGAGUUCCAGGACUGUGGAGAUGCAGCAGGUGGAGACCAGGAUGCAGUGCAGCCGAAAGACACAGUCCUCGUCCCUCUCUUCACGCCCCCGCGGGAGGUUCGGACGAACAUCCUGGAGCACGAGCUGCACGCCGCGACCGACCUCAGGAUCGCCCCCGCGAUCGCCACGUGGCUCUCGGAUGGCAACCUGGAGCCCGGCGAUUGGCAGGUGGACGGCGAAGCGGUGUCCAAGAGGUUCUGCAUCCAGCUCCGUGGGCAGCGUUCUUACGCUUCCAAGCGGGCUGGGCAAGCCCUCGGUGCUUUGCGGCCCCAGGUGGAGAUUUCCCUCGGCCCCGACAAGAACCCCAAGAUGAUCUCCAGGGAGCUGGGCUGCAAAAGGAUUGCCAGUAUGCUCGUGGAGCCGUGCCCAUCCAGGAAAUUGUACGUCGACCGCGAGAAGGGUAUCAUCAGUACUGAUGCUCGCAACCGUCUGGAGCGAUUUGGAGAUUGCGCCCCUGCGACCGCCUGCGCCAGCCCCGGCCGCAGCAGCUGCUGCCGCGUCAACCGCUGCCCGUGCAGCCGCGGCGUGCCGCGCGGCGCUAGCAGCUGGCGCCUGGCGCUCUGCGCCGUCCGCGCUGCCAUCUCGCGCACGUGUGGCGGCCGCAGCUGCGCCCGCUGUCCAGCCGCGGUCCAAUCUGGCGAGCGCCGCGCCACUGCCGUCGUGCUGCUAUUGCCAGCGACCCCGGUUGACGACGAGGUCUUCGUGCAGACCUGGAUCCCGAGCAACCUGGACCAGUUCGCCGACGGCGCCUACAUCGAGCGGGAGAUCAAGCGCCGAGACCGGGGCGAGGAGGUGCUCUACGAGCGGCUCCUCGCGGCGCCGUCGCGCUGCUCCGCGGAGGCGCCAGAGGCCGUGAGGACGCAGCGCCGGCAGCAGCUCGAGGUCGCCGAGGACGCUGGCGGCGGGGACGCCGAGGAGGCUUCCUCCUCGGACGAGGACGGCGAGGAGGCCGAGUCCACCAGAAAGAAGGGGGACGGCCACAAGCCCGAAGGCAUGUCGAAGGCGGAGUGGAAGGCGCUUGUGAAGGCCGAGCGCGCCGACGCCCGGAAGGACACAAUGAAGUCUCGGGACCACGGUAUGCAGGCGACGCUCAGUUACCGUGCCCUGAUCGCCCUCUGCUCGUCUGGCAUGGGCGCUCCCAAGGGUACCGAGGGCGCCAAUUCAUACUACUGCAACGGCGGCUGGGAAGGAAAAGGCUAUGGUGGCACGUCUUCCAAUUGCGGAGGCGGUGGAGGCGGCAUGGGCGGCUUUGGCAACGUGCUUGGGCAGUGGAGUGGCAUGGUUGAUAGCAUUCGGGCCUUUGGUGAGAUUGGCUGCAUCAGCAGUGUCAUUCGUCAAGCAGAUCAGGCUACCGUUGCAGGCAUCUCACCACCCACUGCCGGUGCUCACCAAGCCGUCCAAGGCGUGGCGACGAACAGCCAGCCCGCUCGUGAUCUGGCUCUGGCGCAUACCAGUGUGAUGAGCGGGGCCCAAGGAUCUGACAGCAAGCUUCAGCAUGCGAUCAAGAGGUUGGCGGAAGCAGCUGGCCUCGCAGCGAACUCGACAAGCGACCUGGAGGACAAUCCCGUCAUCGAGCGCAUGCGUUCCGAGCUGGCGGCGACGCAGCCGGAGAUCACAGGCCGCUCCGACCAGCUGCAGACCAUCCAGACCUCGACGGCGACGACCUCCAACGGCGUGAGGGCCGUGAGAAGCAUGCUGGAAGGCAUGUUCAGCGGCGGCAGCGAUCACGGAACAGGCCCGCAUCAGUCUCAGCCUGGACAUUCCGCUCGGCCCCUCCAGGCCGUGCACGCUGCGUCUGCUCUUGUCUUCCUGGCCAGCGUGAAUCUUGCCCAGCAUGAGUUGGCCCUCAGCUACCUGGGUAUCUCCAGGAAUCGCGAGGAUGUCAAGUCCUACGCGACUCAGUGCCAGACGCAGGGCGCUUUUUUUUUGCUGUGCAUGGCGGGCGGGGAUUGGCGAGAAGAAGAGUGCCGACCAGUGGAUUCGCAAGUGCAGAAGCCUGGGUGCUAA